GCACUCCAGCUGUUCAGAGUUCAAUGCAUCCUUUGGAGACAUGCCCGUGAAAAGUGUUUAGCACCUGAACACAUCAUUCUGGGGCCACUAUGCCGUCUGGAAAAACUGUCAAACUGAUCGUAUAUGAAAUCUUGGAGUUUACAGCCUUUGUUGCCCCGGUCUUUGUGGUUUUGGAGAGAUUUGCAGGUCUGCUACGGGACAUAUCUAACCAGGACUGGACCACGUACUGGCUGAUCGUCUCUGUAUCCGUCGCUUAUGUGACCUCCGUGACUCUGCUUGCGUGGGUCCCAUUGGAGUAUAUGGUCCUGAAGAGACGCAGGUUCAUCGUAGAAAUCUCACAAUGGAGACCCACAGUCCUGACCUAUCUUGUCCUCUCUACAGCUCCAUGCUUUGGGAUUCUUAUUGCCAGCUCCAAGGUGCAGGUGGACGCAGACUUGAGACUGGACCAGUUCACAGAGCUGCCUGUUUCUUUGGUGCUCUUUUCAAUGAUUUUUGUCGACAUUGUGGAACAACUACGGCCUCAUCGCCUCCUGGCACCAGCUGAUGACUUUGAUACUGACAUGACCAGUCCUGUACUCACCCACCUGGAUACAGUCACCACCAUAUCAGCCCAAAUGAUCUCUGACCCUGUUCAAACCGAAGACACCCCAAAUGGAGUAACCCACCCUGAACCCGAAGUCCGCAAUGGCGUCCCCCCUGGUAGAUGGCAGGACGGGACUCCUACUCGACCAACAUACACACCUAGAACCACCAACACCGCUUAUUUGUACUCAACUAGACCUCGUGCCUAUUCUGGACCAAUGAAAAUCCUAUGGAGAAGAGACCCCAGGGCGGAGCUGUUUGUGGAAAGUUUCAUGUUUUGGUUGGAUACAGUUGAGAUGGUUCGAAUAGGAGGGAUACCUGAUGUCUUUUACUCAGCUUGGGUGUUCCCGGUUUACAUUUUUAGUUUUGUGUCAACUUUGAGGCUGGCUAUCACCCCAAACAACCCCCUCCAUUCCUGGGCAGGUGUAGUUCUUCAGGACUUUCCCUUCUUUGUCCUACGGGUGGCGCUACUAGUUGUGUUUGGAUAUGUGACUCCAGUGUUGUUCCUGAUGAAAAACUUGAUUGUGUGUCUCACAUAUGUCUAUUUCACGUUUCUGACCAAGCUGAAGUUAUUUAGGAGGCAAAGCAUGUUUUAAAUAUGCAUUAUGAUGGACAGUUGCUGUAUUUUUUGUAGCUCAACAGAUAUGUAAAGAAAUCUAAAAUUGGAUACACUCAUCUAAUGGAUAAAUUGUGUAAGAUAUUAAGAUU